UCUGGUGUUCAGACAUAGCCUCUUUAUCUCCACUGGAACAUAUAUCUACUCUACGCGUACACACACAAAGAACACACACGCUCUAGCUUGCUCUAUAGCCUCUGUGGUGGGCAGAUCUAGCAGACUGCAGAUGAGAGCUUAGUUAUUGUGUGUCUAUGAUGAUGCUUUCAUCUGUUGGCCAUCUAUAACACGUGGAGUAUAUCAGAUUAAGCAACUUUCAGUUUUGAGUGCUAGUGUUUGGAAAUGGUUUGGCUCCGUGGAUCUAGAGUGCUGUCCCUGCUUUCGACAGUGUCUCUCUGUCUCUGUGUGUCACCUUCUCUGGGCACAGCUACUCCAGAUGCUGUUGAGUUGAAGUACCCCAGGACUCCUAUGGUUGGGACUGAGGGCAUGCCCUUGAGGCUCACCUGUAAGGCAGAGUAUGAAACUAAACAAUGUGGUCGCAUUGAUGCCUUUUGGUGUCAUCACUCUUUGGAAGAGUGUCCCAAGCUCAUUGACCCCAGCAAGUACCUCACCAUUGUCAACGAGAUGUUUAUGGAGGACCGGAGUGUCAGACAUAGACACGUUAUAACAGACUUCAUACAGCUGACCCCUGCUGACCAAGGAGUCUAUCAGUGCCAUGCAGUAUGUGAAAUGGGAGGCCAUACUGCCAUGGGACACUACAUAAAUAUCACGGUCAAAGCAGCUCCCGGAGUUGAUCAAAGAAAGGCCAACAAUGGUGGACAGAACUGGACAUACAACACUGUAAUGAUACUGUGGUCCCUUCUCCUAAUACUGGAGUUACGUGAGGUUAAUCAUUGAGCUGGUCUGUUAGCUGAUGGCAGAUGACGUCAAGGCUGAACAUGACCUACAAAUUAUAAUGAAGAUACGAUCUACAAUACAGAUUUAUAUCAAACCCAAACAUUUAACUGAAUCGUUUUACAUAUGUAUAAAUAAGGUGCUACAGGCUCAAAAGACUACAUAAUUUGUAUUCUAUGGUUAGUAGUUUUCUUAACAUUACGAAAAAUAAAAACAUUGUGUUAUAAACCAGCUUCAAGCAUGAAUGUACAGUAUGUUGGAAGACAGGAGGGUUUGUACUACCUAAAUAAAAAUACAAUUUCAUGAAA